AUGAAGAGAAAUUUAUUAUUUUUUAUUUAUUAUCAUGCUGCAAUUUUUAUGCUAUUUUGGAAAUUUGGAAAUGCAAAAGACGGAAAUGAAAAAAAAAGAAAUGUAAAAGAUCUUAUAAGAAGAUAUGAAACUGUUAAUGAUCCAAGUGAUUUAAAUAAUUCCUCUUCUACUUCAACCGAAUCAGCCAAUGCAAAUAAUGAAAAUAUAGAUACUGUACCAUAUGGAAGACAAAAUGUUACAUUUGAUGAUCAACAACCAAGCACAUCAUAUGCAAAUAGAGAUACUGUACCAUAUGGAAGACAAAAUGUUACAUUUGAUGAUCAACAACCAAGCACAUCAUACGCAAAUAGAAGCGAUGAAAACCAAUAUGUUCGUAUGGAUAUGAAAAGAAAUCCAAACAUUUAUGGUAGGAAUAUGAUAACUGAUGAAGAUUAUGACGACGACGAUAGUGACAGCGAUGAAUUUAAUUAUAGUCAAUCUUCUAAUAAUUAUAAAGGAAACAAUAAUUACAUGUAUGAUUCUAAUGUUCAAAUUCCAAAGAAUGGCAAUAAAUCCAAUUUAUAUGGUAAUAAUUCUCGAGAUCCAAAUGAAAAUAAUCCAAGUGGAAAUUAUAGUGAUCAAAAUUCCUCCCAAAAUAACACUCCUUAUUUAGGUAGAUCUUUUGAUGACUUUAGGAGCAAAUUAGGACUUCGUCCAGAAGAUUUUUCAAGGGACUCAGAAAUGUAUUCCAAUACAAACACCAAACGCAAUACUGGCUUAUAUGAUGAAUUCAAUACCUCUAUAGCUGAUGAUAUUCAAUAUACGAAAUAUGGAAAUUCAGAAAAUUCUAAUAAUUCAACUAGGGACCGACGUGAUAGUGGAAUGAGGAAAUCACCAAACAAUGAAAAUAAUUCUAGAAAUAAUACAAAUACAAAUUGGUAUAUUAACCUUAAUGAAUAUGAUGAUAAUUAUGCCAAUCCAGAUGAAUACAAUAGUCAGAAUCAAAGUAGCAGUUCAUCACAACGAAUGGAAGAUGAUCUAAAUAGUGGCAGUGAUAGCAUUGAUCGACGAUCUGUCCGUUCUAACCCUUUAGAUUACAUAAACCAAAAUAAUGAUUAUCGAUCGAGCUAUGGAGGAAGAACAAACCCAAGAAAUAUACAACAUAUAGAAGAUGAUAAUUAUAGUAUGUUAAAUAGCCAAAGAGAUUAUGAAGAUAGUGAUAGCAGCAGUAGCAGAAAUAGUGGUAAUAGAAGUAAUAGUCGAAAUAGACCCCCCAUAAGAAAUAUUGAUCGUGGAAAUAAAGGCGAUGCACAAAAUAGAAAUAACAGAAUAUCUCAUUCUAAUAGUGCUCCUACUUUGAAUAAAAAUGCUGGUGAAGCAAGACGAUCAACACCACGUAAUAGCCCAACCAAUAAAAUAAUAGAAUCUUAUAUAGGCACAUAUAUAACACACCAAAGAAACAUAUUUUAUAAUAAAAUUACAAGAGUAGAGAAAAGUCCCGUCAAAAAAUUUUUUAAAAUGAACAAUAGCAAUGAUAAAAUAAUAUCAGUAACAGAAGAGUUAUUAAAUAGUUCUAAACAAUGUAUAGCCCAAAACAUUAAUAAAUUAACGAGAGAUGUAUUGUUAAAAAAUUUAGCCUUAAAUAAUCCAAAUUUGAUAAAAAAUUAUGAACAAACUGUUUCAUAUAUUGUAGUUAAUUCAAAAUAUAAGAAUACGGAAUCGCAUUUAAAUAUAAAGCCGGUACCAUUUAAAUAUUCUGAGGUACAUGUAGAAAAUUCCUCAACCAUAUUACCUAACAUGUACAUUUUAAAUACAUAUGAAUUUAUGUUAUCAAAUCAAAGAAUGUGUAGUAAAUUUAGAACAAUAAUAAAAAAUCAAAAAAGAGACAACAAUUUAAAACCAGCAGAUGUAGUUUUAAUGCUAUCAUUUGAUUAUAUUAAAAAUGUGAGCCCGACAUUAGUUUCUAAUCUUACGCAAUUUAUCAAAACUAAACAAAGUAUAUAUAUGAGAAAAUAUUAUUUUAACACUAUAAUGGCAUUAAUCCCAUUUAUUAAACCGGCUCUAAAAAUAUAUUAUGGUGAAACGAUUUAUAAAGAUUUAACAACAUAUAAAAUACAAUCAGAAAUAAAAAGUAUAUUUGAUGAAUUAUUACUUAUAUCAGUCAAAUGGGCACAAGCUUUUAAAGACAAAUAUUCUGCAGCUGAUAACAAAGUUAUUUUAGAUGUGCAUCGAACAAUUUCUGAAUUUUCAACAUCUAAAACUAGAACAUUAAGCAAGACUUUUGUAUCUUUAGAAAAUAUAUUAUAUAAAGAAUUAAUCACUAAUGACAUGGUCAAUAAUAAGGAUGACAAUCAAAAAAUUUUAAUAAGUUAUAUUGUGAAAUGCUUUAGGAACAUAUAUUUUUCCACUUUCUAUAUAAUGAGUAAUAAAAGAAACUAA